GGCGGGCGCUGGCAGCUCGGGGCGGCGGCCGUCGGUGCCGCGGCGGGCGGCCCUCGGCGGCGGAGGUCGCGGCGGCAGCGGGCUCGUUCGCCGCGCGCCGCGGGCGGGGCCGCGGGCGAGCCCGCGCCGCCGCGAGGCCGCAGCACGCCGCUCUGGACGCUGAAGGCCACGCAGCUGCUGAUCUUCGCCGCGAACGUCUGCCUGGCGAGGUACAUCGCCGUGUACUACGCCCAGAUCGGCCUGAGCCGGCAGCUGAUGGGGCUCCUGUUGUUCGUUAUGCCGAUCGCGUCGUUCUGCGGCGGGCUCUUCUGGUCCGCCGUGGUCGACCGGACCUCGGACUACAAGCGCACACUGGCCGGGACAAGCGUCGCGGGCGUCCUGGCCGUCUUCGCCUACCUCGCGCCCGCCGUGCAGCAGUGCUUCCCCCUCCUGGUGGCCGUGACCGCGCUGCACGGCUUCCUGGCGGCCCCCUCGGGGCCCAUCGUGGACGCGCUGUGCCUGAAGGUGUUGGAGGAGAGCAGUGCCACGGACGAGGACUACGGCGACCAGCGGCUGUGGAGCGCCGUCGGGUGGGGCGGCAUGGCGCUGCUGGCGGGGUGGCUCGUCGACGUCUUCGGCACCGCCGCCUCCUCCUCUUCCUCGUCCUCCUCGUCCUCCUCGUCCUCCUCUUCCUCCG